AUGCCUGCUGUGACACUUCCCGAUAUCCAAUUGAGCGAUGGACCCCUGCUACCAGAUCAGCUUGGCUGGCUUCGACCAUCAGACCCAAACACUCCGAUUGAACUUCUCCGGGAGCGCUUCAAGGAGGAUCAUUACCUCUUUUUAAAAGGCUUGCUUCCCCGUGAACAUGUGCUGAAAGCCCGAGAAUCAUACUUCCGCCUUUUAUCAGCCUCAGGUGUUUUGAAGCCUGGCACAGCUCCCAUCGAAGGCAUCUUCGACCAGACGAACGAUCUAUCCAACUUUGCAGGUCUCAGCUCGCGAGUAGCAGAUCUCAGGAAGCCAAAGAGCGAGCGUGCAGCUACAUUUGCCGAUUUAACGGCCAGGGCACAUACCGAGAAAUGGUACACCGAGCAGUUUUGCAAGCAUCCGAACUUGAUCGACUUCGUGGGCAAGCUCACGGAAUGGAAGGACGUGCGCCUCUUCGAACGAUCUUUGUUUCGUUGCAACCUUCCAAACACCUCACCCGUGGGCGUGCACUACGACCAGAUCUUUUUGAGACAGGGAGACGUGACCAACAUCACGGCUUGGUGUGCAAUAGGCGAUGUCAAGCUGAACGGCGGAGGGCUUAUGUACCUGGAAAAGAGUGCGAAAAUCGGCGAAAGCAUCGAAGCCGAAUUCACGCGCAGAUCCCGAGAGAAUGGGUUCUCCGAAGAAGAGGCCAAGAAUGCCUAUAACAAAAAUAUGGUAGAUGGCGGAGGAGACCUCUUCCAAACGUCGAAGCCUACCGAAUUUGCGUCUCGGUACGAGCGAAAAUGGCUUGUCAGCGCCUUCGAAGCAGGAGACGUUGUGUUUCAUGACCCGUUCACCAUUCACGCCUCGAGUAUCAACACCGAUGAGGACGGUGUGAUCCGCCUAUCCACCGAUCUACGAUAUUACGACGCUUCACGCCCAUAUGACAAGCGUUGGACACGCCAUUUUUAUCCUGGGGACGAACUCUAG